AUGGGAUCCUCCGAAGACAAAGAAUGGGCCUCGAAAUAUCUCCUCGACCCUCUCAAUGCGCCCGAGCCUUCUCAAGAGGACGGUCCUGGUAAUGCAUUCCGUGGCGGUCCGUCCGCGCCGCCCAAAGCGACCCCUCCAAACAGAGCGUACUCAGGACGGCGAUUGUCAAAGAACAACCCAUUCCACAAGAGCUCCAAGUCCGAUGUUGGCACAACAGAAGUAAAGCGCAGUAUCUCCCUCCACAGCAACGGCACUGUUCCCAAGACUCCCUCUUCUCCGCCAACUGCCUAUCCUUCUCCGCCACCAUCCGCAAAUAGUCCAAAUGCAGCUUUCUCGCCGGGUUCUCCUCGAUCGCCUAGCUACAGACAAGAAGCGCUCGGAGAACACAGACCCGGUCGUAGAAGGGGCAGCUCGUUGACUGAACGCUACCCUGGCGACAUGUCACAUCGACCAUUGGACACUCUGACUAAAGAGAAGCAUGUCGCGGACCGCUCUCGCCAUGUUACCAGAAAACACCAUAUCCAGCCAGACACUAUUGAUAGUUUAGACCACAGUGGUGGCACUGCAUGGCAUCAUGGUGGGCCGUAUGAUGCUACCUUGUUCGCCAGAAACAACUCUUCCAAUUCCCCUCUGGCUGCCCUAGCAGAUUCGAAUGCCGAAGCCCUCAGAGCAACACCCAAAGAACGGGUCAUCGACAGUGUGUUUCGCCAUCGUCCCUUAGACGGGGUAGCUACAUAUGCGCCGGGAGACACUGACCGAAUGGGCAAUGUGUACAACUAUGAGGAGGGUGACAACAUGAUGAUCGAAAGUGGGCCAGAAGGAGGUGCUUAUAAGCGCUGGCCAGGGAUUCAGUACCUACCUGAGGAUAUCAAGGGCAAGGGCGAACCAAGCUACAGCAUCGAGAAAGCGCUCAAAGAGCACCGUAUCCACGAUAACAGUGUCGGCUCUGAUGGCAUCGAGAUGGAGACAAAGAGCCGUCAUCGGAGUUCGUCUGGAGCGGCGCCUCGCAGCAAUUGGGAUGAUGGUGAAGGUCAGAUUGGUCGAAGUGGAAGUUUCAAACGACUGAGUGGGGGUCUCAAGAAGAGGUUUGGGAGUAUCAAGAAGAAGUCUACUGAAUGA